GCUCAUCGGACAAGAUCCUCAUUAAACCGAACACUCAAAGAGAGUGUUGAGGAUACCAGUCCCGUCUCUCUAUAUAUGGUCACUUGUGUGAGAGGCAUAGCUUGACAUCUCAUUCCUAUACAGCUCCUGCUUCUUACGUACGUACCGUGCAACAAGCUAGCUCCAAUGGCCGAUCCAAGCUUCUUCGUCGGAAUCCUCGGGAACAUAAUCUCCAUACUGGUCUUCACCUCUCCAAUCGGGACGUUCCGGAGGGUAGUGAAGAACAAGAGCACGGAGGAGUUCAGGUGGCUGCCGUACGUGACCACCCUCCUCUCCACCUCCCUCUGGACCUUCUACGGCCUCCUCAAGCCCGGCGGCCUCCUCAUCGUGACCGUCAACGGUGCCGGCGCCGCGCUGCAGGCCAUCUACGUCGCGCUCUACCUCGCUUACACCCCCAGGGACACCAGGAUGAAGAUGGCCAAGGUCGUGCUCGCCGUCAACGUCGGCUUCUUCGCCGCCGUCGUCCUGGUGGGGCUUCUCGCGCUGCACGGCGCCGUCCGGCUCUUCGCGGUGGGGCUGCUCUGCUCCGCGCUCACCAUCGGGAUGUAUGCCGCGCCCAUGGCCGCAAUGAUGACGGUAGUGAAGACCAAGAGCGUCGAGUACAUGCCCUUCUUCCUGUCAUUUUUCCUCUUCCUCAACGGCGGCAUCUGGAGCGUCUACUCCUUGCUCGUCAAGGACUUCUUCAUCGGGAUCCCCAACGCCAUGGGCUUCGCGAUGGGCACGGCGCAGCUGGCGCUGUACAUGGCGUACCGGAACAAGAAGAAGGCGGUGGCGCUCAAGGUCGACGACGGGCCGGAGGUUGACGAGGAGAAAGGCGUGGUGCACCUGAUGGGGCAGGUGGAGCUGGGGCAGCGGAAGGUGCCCUCGCUGAAGAAGGGGACGAGCCUGCCGAAGACGGUGUCGCUGGCGUCGCCGCUCAACGGGAUCGGGCACAUCAUCAAGGCCCUGUCCGCCACGCCCCUGGAGCUGCGCAACGUCAUGAGCCAGCACGAGCGCGUCCGCGACGAGGACGCGAACGACGACGACGAGGGGCGCCACACCUACCCGUCAAAGUGACAUACUGAUCGAUCGAUGUUGACAUACUCCUACCUUAGCUAGCG